AUGGCGGCGGCCGGCACCCUCGUCGCACGGCCUCGCGAGGAGGAAACGUACUACAACGACCUCAACCAGCUCCCGAACAUACCGGGUUACCAGUCUACCGACGACCUCCUAAUGCGGGCAGCGCCUGACGAAGACCUGCUCAGCAGCCACUCUUUCCGCCCCGGACAUGCAGAGACUUCACCGAAUUUAUUCUACGAUGGCGUCAGCUGGCAACUCUUGGGGAGUGUACUGUCAGACGGUGAUGGAGACUACCCCAUCUCGGAUGCACCUUGGAACAACUUGAGGAUCCAUCAACCCGGGUUUCAGUCGGACGAGCUCUUUGGGCUGAGGUCUCAGCCCGUGGAUUCGUCGCCGAGUACUGGCAAUGGGAAUGUUUUCACCCCAGGCUCAUACGGAGAGGACCAAGAGAAUGCCAACUCCGGCGGAAACAACUUUGCGACGUCGCCCAGCGACAGCUUCGUCAUGGUCUCUAAGCCGUCACCGACGAUAUCAGGUGAACAGCUUUCCCGUGAUGCAGCGCGGAUGCACAUUGGCGAGUCUCCAACUCGAGCGCGGGCUAUUCCACGAUCUUCCGGGCUUCCACAUCCAACAUACGAGUCUUCGACCGCGCUUUCACGGUCGAUCAGCAGUGGUCAAGCCACCUACGCUGUUACACCUAGUCCUACAUCUUCGGCGAGCUUCGACCAGCAAUGUCCCGACAUAGGCAAUAAUCUGUUUGUGGACAACACUUAUGACGGUGGCUCGGCACAUGCAACCUUGGUGUCAAAUGCACACAUGCAACAGCUUCUAGGAGGUCAAAGUACGACUGACAGUACACGACACCGUACGCUUCCUGCAUUUCACCCAUUCGAACAUCCGGUCACAGCACCACACUAUUCCCAGCAUGGACAUCCGUAUGUCUACAGUCAGCAACCAGAGCUGUGGUACGGGAAUGCCGUGGUCGACCAAGGGCCAUCCCUACAUAUGCCAUAUACCGACAUACCUCCCCAUAGCGGCCCUCCAUCCCAAGUGUAUCAGCAAUCGUCUCAACCGGCAGCACCAAACAUCCCACAACACUUCCAAACGUUCGAGCUUCCUGCUGUUCCCAACCAGGCAGAACGUCAAUGGCCGAGUGUGGUAGUGCCCUCGCAACGUUCACCGAUCGACGCAUCGGACUUCAGCACUCAGGAGCAACGCAUUGUCAACCAAAGGAUCAACGGAGGUCAGGAAAAGCGUACUGCUGUAGCUCCGAAACGACAUCUCCAGGCUCUGGCGAAAGCUCCGCAACACGGGCCCGCCAGACCCCAAAACCAGCAGAAUGGUGGCAGAAUCAGAGGCGGGCGAAAGAAAGGGGAGCAUCUUGUCGACGAAAAGCGGAGGCAAAUUCACAUAAUGCGCAAGAUAGGUGUUUGCUGGCGGUGCUCUUUCCAACGAGACGAGUGCACAGGCGAAAACGGUUGCUGCCAUCGCUGUAUGGUGGCGAGCGAGAAGGGUACUCUGGUCUUCCACUGCAACCGGGAGAAGCUACCAGAUCUCAUCCAUGAUUUCCUGCCGCCCUCAAUGACUGUGAUGCACCAAAAGCAAGGCAUUGAAGAUACUGUCCAAGAGCAAGUCAAGGGCUGGGACUUUGCUCGUCCCAUUGUGGUCGAGCUUUCUUGCGGGUACGGCCCUGCUCAGAAAUGGCAGCUAUACGAAUUUGAGCCGACGUCCAAUGAUCUGCUGGGUCAAUUGCAAUACCUACAGGAUCCGAAUACAGGGCUUCUGAGGCAUGUGCACAAAUUCUCACCUCCCCUCGGCCUGGUCAAGCUCGAUGGCAGCGACGAUGCGCUGGUUGAAGGUUACCUGGACGAACUGCUCCGACCUGAAUAUCUCGGCGAUUUGGGUUGGACCUGCUUCGAAGAGGAGUCGCAGGUGGAUCCCGACCAGUUUCAAGCAAGGCUGCUCGAUCAGCUGUGCUCACUCUAUAUCGCCACACAAGAGGCAGAGCUCAAACUCGUCCUCAGAGACAUCCUCCGCAUGAUGGUCAUCACCUACAUCAUGGGCCACACCCUCACCAUCCCAGACUCCCAACUCCCGCACGUCUUCUCCCACAUCAGACACUCCGACUGCGGCGAACUGCUCCCGCACACCUCCCCUCGCCUCGCGAACCGGCAGAUCAAAUUCUACUUCGACGUCCUGCGCGGCGCCGUCUACACCAAAAUGCUCAACUGGCAGCAGCAGAUCCUCCGCAGCAGCACGCGGAAAGAGAAGCACUGGCUCUCAUCCUUCUGCGCCAUCCUCGGCUUCGCCAUGGUGUUGGAGGAGGUCCAGCGCACGCUGCAAAUCCAGGCCGACGCGAAGAUCACGAAGAGCGAGAUGACGGAGACAGCGGCGCUGUUCGAGGCGCGGAAUGCGUGUUCUCGAAUCGACGACCGCUUCGAACUGCUCGUGUAUCUGUUCCAGGGCAAGUACCGCCACAAGGCUUGGACGCAGGGCAGUUUUGGGCCCGGGACGCCGUGUUAUAAGGAGGAUCUUGCUGCGCAGACGUUUUUGAGGAAUGUUAGGCAUUUGUUGGAGGAGAAGCGCGAACAUCUGCAGUCACGCAAGGAUGUGACUUUUGCGCAGCAGAACCAUUGCUUGUAUACGUCGCGCCUGGUGGCUCGGUUCUUGCUGCCUUUCUUGAACUUGCCGCCGAGCUGA